AUGGCUCCGGCACCUGGCUCUCAGUAUCCCCUUUACAACACUACAUUUUCCAUAUAUCGUGCUUCUCCACUCUACAUUGGCAAAGAAGCUCUUAAUGAUGCGGACUUGCAAGUACAUGCACGUCGAUUUCGAGAUAUAUUAGCAGGUGACGUUUUACGGGGUGUGCAGGUUGGAUUAGGGUCUGAAGAUGAUCCAUUGGCUCGUGUAGGUGUAUUGCAAACGGUGGUAUGGAAAGUUUUCAAAAGAGAAGCUGAAUGGGCUGUCGAGGAUACAACAGAGGAGAACCUUGGCGAGUCCAUGACGGAGACUACACAUAACCGUGGAAUACUCGUGGAAGUCAACUACGAGAAGGCGAACUACACUGCGAUUUUAUUACGCUCGACUCCCGAAGACGACAUGAACGACUCAAUCAUGCAAUCGUCUGAUGAUGAAUCUGGAUUUCUGAGUUUACCUUUGCUAUUAACACGCAUGCCAUUGUCGUUAAGGGAAACAUUCAUACAAUACGUCUGUCGGAUUUUCGAUACAAGGGUGUCGGCCUUGAAAUUGGAAGGAAACGAUUUGUCGAAAUCAUUCGAGCAAUACACAUCCAACACGAUCAACGAAGAUGCAACAGCCGAAGAGCGCCAAGCUAGUUUACAGAAAAUCAUUAAAGAAAUCCAAAUAUCCGUUGGCUUCGACAUACCUGGUGGAUCUGCUACUCUCAAAACUAUUGAAAUCCAUAUUGCCAGGGAAGAUCUACCUCGUAUGCUCUCCCGAGGAAGUAAAAUCACGAAAGAUGGAUCUCCGUUUAUGGCUGCAUUGAAAAGUUACAUCAAGGCGCAUUUGGCAUUGGACCUAAAUCAUGAGAAGGUGAAGAUUGUUAAGAUUGCAUGUGGCGCAUUUGUACUUGGCGAAGGAAGGUUGAAACUCACACAACCAUCAAGUGUUGAGUAUGAAGAGGGCGGACAAUAUCAGGCAACAAGACAACUCCUCAACGACCUUGUAAAUAUUGCUUCCAGACGAGGAUUGUUAGGGGAGAAGUGA